CAAAAAUAAACUUUCUUCUAGUUCUAACCGAACUUGGUUCGAAGCGCAAAGCCAAACACACUAAUUUUUUCUCUUCGCAACUCCCAAAUCUGCACCGUCCACCCAUGGCGGCGCUCAACCGCUUCGCCGGACCGAGGGCGCCGGCGACUUUCUCUUCUUCCAUGUUUAGCUAUUAUGCUCUGUGGAAGACCUUUUCUUUUUCUUCUUCUUCUUCUUUGAGUUCUGAAGUUGACCUCAAAUCGACUCUGCUGAGUCGGAGUUCAUCUUCGCGGCCUGAUCUUCCGACGAAUAGGAAUGUGCAGUGGGUUUUUCUGGGAUGUCCUGGUGUUGGGAAAGGGACUUAUGCAUCUCGACUCUCCAGUUUGCUAGGUGUUCCUCAUAUCGCCACCGGUGAUCUCGUCCGUGAGGAGCUUUCCUCCUCUGGUCCUCUUGCUUCUCAGCUUGCAGAGAUUGUUAGUCAAGGAAAAUUGGUUUCAGAUGAAAUUAUAUUUGAUUUAUUAUCCAAACGUCUUCAAGCUGGUGAAGCUAAGGGUGAAUCUGGCUUUAUUCUUGAUGGUUUCCCUCGGACUAUUAGACAAGCGGAAAUAUUGGAAGGGGUCACUGAUAUUGAUUUGGUGGUUAAUCUAAAACUGCGAGAAGAAGCACUGCUCGCAAAAUGCCUGGGCAGGAGAAUAUGCAGCGAGUGUGGAGGAAAUUACAACAUUUCUUGUAUUGACAUCAAGGAUAAGGAAGGCAGACCUGAAUUGUACAUGGCUCCCCUUCUUCCUCCUCCCAACUGUGCAUCUAAACUUAUCACACGAUCUGAUGAUACUGAAGCAGUUGUGAAGGAACGACUCCGAAUAUACAAAGAAACGAGCCAACCUGUCGAGGAUUUCUACCGUAGUCGCGGGAAGCUAUUAGAGUUUGAUCUUCCUGGAGGGAUUCCCGAAUCCUGGCCAAAGUUGCUUCAAGCACUUAAUCUAGAGGACCUCAACCACAAACAAUCAGCUGCAGCCUAAAGUCUUGUUCUUUCUUGUAUGGUAGUCAAUAUAUCAAAUAUUCUUUGCAUUUGAAAGUAAAUGCAUUAUUCUUAUUGCUUUUUCUUAGGUCAAGUUGGAGUAAAUAAAAUUGUAAGAACUGGGAAGUGGGAAACUCUUGUACUAAUAAUAGUUUUUCUACCAAGAGUUAGAAUUUAGAUUUGUAGAAUUUAGAAUUGUGUAUAUUUAAUUGUGUGGGCAACUAUUGUGAUUGUGCUUCAGAGUCAAUCUAGCAUUCAUAACAACUACCAACAGUAA